AUGGCAGACUACCUCUACACUGUUGGCGGGUAUCUCGCCCUGGCUGGUGUCGGCUAUGUUAUCUAUCAGGUUUCUACCCAGAAGUCUCGAAGACGGGCAAGCACAGUUCAACCGAAAGCCUCGAGGGGCCCGCAAUCUGAGGUCAGGAAGGAAGAUAGGAAGAAGAAGCAGCGGAUGGAAAGCUUCACGACCGAGUCCCAGGAGGCGAACAAGGCAGCUGCUUCCAAGCCCAAGUCGGCCGAAACCUCCACAUUUCUGAGCAAUGAUCCGAGCAAUGAUACCUCAAACGAUGAUGCGGCCAACCGCGAGUUUGCCAAGCAGCUCUCCAAGGCCAAGGAGGGCACCAAGUUCAAUACCAAGACGGACUCUGGAAAGCAGAAGGAGAAGUCGGUCAAGCAGUCACGUGCCAACAAGAUUUCACCUCCCGCUCAGGAGGUCAAGCCUGUCGCAUCUGUCCCCUCGUCGACCACGGUCGACACCACUGAGCCCGUGGUUGAUGAUGUAUCAGCCUCCAACGACCCAGGUGAGACUGCCGCCGCCGACUCCACUGGUGUUGCGGAUAUGUUGGAGCCCACUCCUGCUGCUCCUUCUGUCCUCCGAUUGACCGACACCACCGAAAAGGAGAAGAAGAAGAAGCCUGCGAAGGCACCCGAGCCCACCGAGACGAAGAAACAGCGACAAAACCGCAAGAAGGCCGAGGCCGCCAAGGCUCUCCGUGAGGAGACUGAGAAAGAGCGCAAGGUUCUUGAGGAAAAGCAGCGACGCACCGCUCGCCUCGCUGAGGGACGUGCUGCUAAGGAUGGCUCCAAGUUCCUUGCCUCUGCCAACGCCAACUCAGCUUGGGACAAGGGAGCUCCCAAUGGUCAGUCCAACAAAGCUGCCUCCACCAACGGAUCUAUUCAGCUCCUCGAUACCGUGGAUGCGCCAGCAGCCUCAAAGCCUGCCAAGGUCAAGUCGGAAUCUACUUGGAUGUCAUCGCUCCCCUCCGAGGAAGAACAGUUGGAGAUGCUCAAGGACGAAUCUGACGAGUGGAGCACCGUGAAGACCAAGGCUUCUAAGCGCUCGGUCAAGAAGGAAUCUUCAAACGAUUCUGGUGAUGAGCCCGCUCAAAGCCGCCCGGCUGCCCAGCCUAAGCAACCCAGUGCCUCUGCUGCUAGCGCUUCGAAGCCAACAUCAUCCUUCGGAUCCUUCUCCGCACUUACCAGCAAUGAUGAGCCUGCCGAUGAAGUUGAGGAAGAGUGGGAUGUUUGA